AUGGAUCUCUGUCCAGCACAACUGCAGUUCCAGGAGAAAAGACUGCUUCCAGGCUGUACUCCACUUCAGCAAUUGGGUUAUUCUGAUUCUGAAGGCUACAGCAGCCUUUCACCAACAUCUUCCAUUGACUCUUUUAACUUUUCUCCCCCAUAUCAGUCCUGUGCUUUCUCUGAAGGGCCUUACAACAGCUUCCAAAAUGGCUUGCCUCAGUCAAAAAACCUGCAAACCAAAGAAAUUCAACUGCCAACCAAGAGCCAAAGGUUAAGAAACAGAACUUUGUCCAUCCAAAGACAUAGUGCCAGCGAGAGAGAGAAGAUGAGGAUGAGAAAUCUGUCUACAGCCCUCCAGAACUUAAGGAGAUACCUGCCUGAUGCAGUGGCACCGGUUGGUAAAAGCUUGACAAAAAUCGAGACAUUGCGCCUGACCAUCCGCUACAUUUCUCAUCUCUCUGAUGUCCUCGGCUUGGAUGAUGAGACUUUGGAAAAAAGAAGGGAAGAAAGACUCAGAAGAUCCAGAUGCCCGGUUGGCCUGAACUGCUGUCAGGGUGAAAUGCAUGAACUCUGCUCAUUGACCAGUGCAGAAGUUCCACAGAUCUUCUCUCACUGCAUAACUGCUUCACAAAUGUGCCCAGAACCAGCAAACCAGGAAGGCAUGGACACAGACUACUUAUUACCAGCCAUGCCCUCUCCUCAGUUCUCAGAUCAUGGACUUCCUGAAGAGCUAGAUAACUUCUCACCAUGUGCAAUGAGCUCCACACCAGUUCAUUCAUCUACAGUUUCAGACCUGAAAGAGGACAUGACUUCAAACCCUCCAAUUUCUCCAGACCUAGGGUUUUGUCAGGAUAUGAUUGAUGACAUGUGGGAUGAGCUUGAAAUCAAAGACCAGUGCGCCACAUUCCAGAACCAACAAUCAAUCCAGAUGCAGGCUUUCUGUUAA